AUGAAAAUAUCGUGGCUCAUAGCGCUCUGCGCUAUUGCCUCGUUUACAGUAAUCGAGGCAAUACCUUGGUGCACUACGUGUGAAGACGAAGGCAGUGGCUAUGAAGAAGAUAGUAACGAUGGUAACGAUGGGAUGUAUGCAGGAGUGCAAAUUGAACCGAUUGACCGGUUAAGUGGUGGAAGAGGUGGGCAAGGUGGCAGCUAUGGCCAUCGCGGCUAUGGUGGUAGUGGUUAUGGCAAUGGUGGCUAUGGUGGUGGUGGCAAUGGAGGCUAUGGUGGUGGUGGCAAUGGAGGAAACGGUAUUGGCGGAGACGGCUAUGGCAGUGACGGCAAUCGCGGUAACGGUAUAGGCGGAGAUGGCUAUGGUGGCAUAAAUGGCGGUGACGGUAGAGGCGGAAACGGCUACGGCGGAGACGGCAAUGGCGGAGACGGCUAUGGCGGAGACGGUUAUGGCGGUGGCGGCAGAGGUGGUGGUAAUCACGGUGGCGGCUAUGGAGGCGGUGGUAAUAGCGGUGGCGGCUAUGGUGGUGGUGGCAAUGGUGGUAACGGUAUGGGCGGAGAUGGCUAUGGUGGCAUGAAUGGCGGUGACGGCAAUGGUGGAGACGGCUACGGCGGAGACGGCAAUGGUGGAAAUGGCUACGGCGGAGAUGGUUAUGGCGGAGACGGUUACGGCGGUGGGGUUAGAGGCGGUGGGGGCAGAGGCGGUGGGGGCAGAGGCGGUGGGGGCAGAGGCGGUGGGGGCACAGGCGGUGGGGGCAGAGGCGGUGGGGGCAGAGGCGGUGGGGGUAGAGGCGGUGGGGGCAGAGGUGGUGGUGGCGGCAGUGGUGGUAACGGUAUAGGCGGAGAUGGCUAUGGUGGCAUGAAUGGCGGUGACGGUAGAGGCGGAAACGGCUACGGCGGAGACGGCAAUGGCGGAGACGGCUACGGCGGAGACGGUUAUGGCGGUGGCGGCAGAGGCGGUGACGGCAGAGGUGGUGGUAAUCACGGUGGCGGCUAUGGCGGCGGUGGCAAUGGCGGUGGCGGCUAUGGCGGUGGCGGUAAUGGCGGUGACGGCAGAGGCGGUGGUGGCUACAAAGGUGGCAACCGUGGAAGUGGCAGCUAUGGAAGUGGCAACCCUGGGGGUCGUGGUGGCUAUGGAGGCAUAAAAAGACGUUGCAAUCUGUAUGCUCCAUCAUUUCUUGACGAUCUCUCGCCAAUUGUUGAACAAAAAUUUGAAAUGAAAGUAUCCGUGCUCGUCGCGCUCUGCGCUAUUGCCUUGUUUACAAUAACCGAGGCAAAACCGUGGUCCACUCCAUGUGACGACGAUACGAGUAGUUGCAAUGAAGAAAGUACUACCGAUGGUACGGAUCAAAUUGAUGUUGAUGAUGAGGUAGAACUUGAAGACCGUUUUGGUGGUGGAAGAGGUAGACGUGGCGGUAGGCGUGGCGGUAGGCGUGGCUUUAGACCCGGGAGCGGCUACGGCGGAGACGGCCAUGGCGGCUUUGGCGGUGACGGUAUUGGCGGAAACGGUUAUGGCGGCUUUGGCGGUGACGGUAUUGGCGGAAACGGUUAUGGCGGUUUUGGCGGUGUCGGCAGAGGCGGAGACGGCUAUGGCGGUGGCGCCUUUGGCUUUCCCAUAAAAAGAUGUUGUAAUCUAUAUGCUCCAUCACUUCUUGAGGAUCUCUCCCCAAUUGUUGAAGAAGAAUUUGAAAUGAAAACAUUAUGGUUCGUCGCGCUCUGCGCUAUUGCCUUGUUUACAAUAAUCGAGGCAAAACCUUGUAAUGAUGGCAUGGACCAAGGGGUGGAAUUUGAAGACCGUUUUGGUGGUGGAAUAUACAAUUAUAGAGGUGGCAGCUAUGGCGAUCGCGGCUAUGACGAUAGUGGUUACGGCGAUAGUGCUUAUGGCGAUAGUGGUGGCGGUUAUGGCAAUGGUGGUGGCGGUUAUGGCGAUGGUGCUGGCGGCUAUGGUGUAGAUACCAAUGGAGGAAACGGUAUUGAUGGAAAUGGCUAUGGCGGAUACGGUUAUCGCCAAGACGGCUAUACCGGAGAUGGCUAUGACGGAGACGGCUAUGGUGGUGACGACAUAGUCGGAGACAGCUACGAUAGAGACGGCUACGGUGGAGAAAGCUAUAUAAGUGCUGGUAAUUUCCCUGACGUCUAUGGAUUAAGUGGUAAUCGCGGAAGCGUAUAUAAAGACGGUCGUGGUGGCGGUGGUGGCGGCGGCCGCGGAGGUGGCGGCCGUAGAGGUCAUGAUGUCUUUGAAAGAAUAAAAAGACUUUGUAAUCUGUAUGCUCCAUCAUUUCUUGACGAUUUCUCGCCAAACGUUGAAGAAGAAUUUGAAAUGAAAAUAUCAUGGCUCGUUGCGCUCUGCGCUAUUGCCUUGUUUACAAUAAUCGAGGCAAAACCUAGAGGUAGGCAAGGUGGCAGCUUUGGCGAUCGCGGCUAUGGUGGUAGUGGUUAUGGCAAUGGCGGCUAUGGUGGUGGCGGAUAUGGCGGUGGUGACAAUGGUGGAAAUGGUAUUGGCGGAGAUGGCUAUGGCAGUGAUGGCAACGGCGGUAACGGUAUAGGCGGAGAUGGCUAUGGUGGCAUUAAUGGUGGUGACGGUAGAGGAGGAAACGGCUACGGCGGAGACGGUUAUGGUGGAAUUGGCUACGGCGGAGACGGCUAUGGCGGCGAUGGCUAUGGCGGUGACGGCAGAGGCGGUAACGGCAGAGGUGGUGGCAAUGGAGGUGGUGGCUAUGGAGGUGGUGGCUAUGGAGGUGGUGGUUAUGGAGGUGGUGGCUAUGGAGGUGGUGGCUAUGGAGGUGGUAGUAAUGGCGGUGGCGGCAAUGGAGGUGGCGGCUAUGACUCUCCGUGC